AAACAAAUAUGAAUUUAGCACAAGAGUAAAGAGCCCUUAUUUUUAAAAACAGAAAAAUGUUACUUGAAAAUCUUGUUUAAAACAAUUAUUUGAAAAUUACGGUUGGAUUCUAAAAAAAAAAAAUUCAUAUUUUUUCGAGUUAUAGGUCAUGUACUAACUUUUUUGAGAAAUGAACAAUAAAAAAUGUACAUUCACACUGUUAUCUAUACAGACAGGAAGGUAAACAUUCCAAUGCAUUAUUAUAGCUAACUAUUUUUCACGUUCCUAAGUUCUAAUUAGUAUAUGCUUCUAAUUAUUUUCGAUCAUGUUAUCUAGUAAUUUGACAUUUUUAAAACUUUUUCUGAAUUAAAAACCCAUGUACCUAACUAAUAUAAAAUAAAUAUUACUACCGUUAGUGGCGAUUUUACUUUUAAGCAAUGACAAUUGAUAGUUCAAAAGUAUUUCAAAAUUUAAGUUAAGAGCUCUAAAAAAGUAGUUGAAUUUCAAGAUUUUAAAUCUUCAAAUAUACUAAAAAGGUGUAUCGCGAAGUAACCUUCGGACGUAAUAAAUAUUCUAAUUUGCUGAAUAAAAAAACUUAUUUAACUAUUAUAAAAUAAAGAUUAUUUUUAGUGGUGAUUUCUUAAUGAAAGAAAGAUGAACAAUAUUUCUAAAGUAUUUAAAAAUGUUUCUAAGCUAAGAUAUCUAAAGUGUAGUUCCCUUUUUAUUGUAAGUGUUAGACAUAAUCACUUAAACUGUAAUAAGGCUAUAAGUUAUGGCGAAAACAUUGUGGGUUGUUCAGUUCCAGUUUUUGAUUUGAAGUGGUUACCAGAAGUAGAUUUAGAAUCACAUUUCAGAAAGUUGAUUGGGUCUCAACACCCCAUAACAAAUACUAUAAGAGAAAUAAGUUUAGACGAGUCGUUAUCAUGGAGCCUUAUAACAUUAUUAGUAUCAAAAGCAGCAGGAUUAAGUGAAAAUUCCUCAAAACUUGGAAAUUAUUUAAAUCCAGGAAUAUUCGAGAAACAAAUGGUCUUAGCUACAAUAACAGAAAUGAUACGCAUUAGCCAUAUUUUCCACAAAAAUAUUAUAAGCAUUCGUAAAGACGAUUACCAAAAGCAUGUCUCAUUUGGAAACAAACUGUCACUACUUAUAGGAGACUACCUACAAAGCGAAAGUCGCAUGCAACUAGCAAGUCUAAAAUGCAACAAAGUCAAUGAACUAGUAACAUCAACGUUUCGAGAUCUAGCUGAAGCUGAAUUUAUCGAACCACAAGAUGGACAAAACAGGCUGUUACCAGCUUUACCUCGGUCAACCAAAGAAAAAAAUUCAAUGCCUAAUAAUUUGGAGCAAGAUAUAUUCGUAAUAGAAGAAAUACUAGGAAACGCUAAGUCAGAAUGGAUUAUGCGCCAUGUAUUAGGUGGAGCGAGUUUAUUAGCAAAAAGCUGUCAAGCAGCUAUGAUGCUGGCAGACCGAUCCGAGGAACUUGAACAAUCAGCUUACACCAUUGGAAGAAGUAUAGCUCUAUCGCAGCAGCUCCAAAAAGACAUUUCUAGCUUCCAAUUUACCGAAUUCGGACCUUUUAGUUUAAUAAGUGCCCCAAUGAUGUUCUAUAUUCAAGAUAACGUAGACUUUUAUAAAACUCUAAUGAAACAUGUCGAAAAGGACGAUAUUAACUACGACGAAAUUAGAAAUUUUGUUAUAGCUGGAAAUGCAAUUGAAAAAUCUUUGGAGUUAAAAUAUGAAUUUGUGUCUAAUGGAUUGGAAGCCUUAACUCAUUUCCCAGAAAAUGAAGCAAAAACGGUUUUAAUUAGUAUCUUAAAGUCAAUAUAA